AUGAUAAUAUCUUAUAAUUUAAGAAGCAUUUAAAGAGUUCAAAAAAUUACUAAUUAAUCUGAAGCUGAGCAAAUGUACUACUAUAAUUGUCAUUAGCUUAAUACUACCAGCGCAAUUAAGUUAAACAAUAAUCAUAUGAGAAGUAAUGUAAUAUAUAUAUGCUAUUUGACGCUCAAGAACGAAAUUUUUGGGCAUGCUAAGCAAUACUUCAAACACUUCUUUUAAUACACGGUGAGUUAUAUAUGAU